AAUUGUAUUCUUUCCCCUAUAUUUCCUUUUGUAUUGGUAAUUAGGAACAACUAUAAAAAUUAAGUUUGCGGAAAUCUGAAAUCCUUAAGGUAUGGCAAGUGGUGUAGUUACUAGUUAGGAUUUCAAUUAUGUCACUCGUAUAUGAGAGUGACUUUUGUAUAUUCUUGCAAUAAUUCAAUUCGUUGCUUUCAAAAAAUGUACACAUAGAAUAACAACACAAGCGAUCGAUUAAUCAAAUAGUUAUAAUAUAUAAUUAAUUUAAGGGUUUUGUUGCAUACUGCCUAAAGGCGGUCGGUCAGUUGCAUAAAAUAAGUAUAUACUUAUAUCAUAGACUUAUGAUAGGAAAGAUACGAAAAUUUUUAUGCACUUAUUUAGCAUUUUUCUUAAUUUAAAGACAAAUUGUCUAGAAAAAGACAAUUACUGUUUCAUCUUUCAAUUUAAAGCAUUGUUAAGCAAAAUAUAUCAAAUUUAGUUUUGGUAUUUAUUGCUAAGGAGGAAGGAUCGGCUUUUUGAGAAGUCAUGGGAGUAACUAAACGGCUCGCCUUCGGAUGAUUAUUAUACAUAGGUUCCACAUUUCCCUACCAAACUGGUUUUCUUUUGCGAAGAAGAACCAGGAAAAGGUGGGGAAACCCCAAUAGUUUUGAGUCAUAUCAUUUAUGAGGAGAAAAGUGUUGCUGGAAAUCAGCAUUUUGAUUAUUAUCAUUUUGAGUCAUAUCAUUUUGAUUAUUAUCAUUUUGAGUCAUAUCAUUUUGGAAAUCAGCAUUUAUGAGGAUAAAAGUUUUGAGUCAUAUCAUUUUGAUUAUUAUCCAUCGUCCUUCACGGGCAGUUGCUGGAAAUCAGCACACAAGACGGAUGACAAAAGUGUUGCCUAGGAAAGGGCAGCUAAGCUGGGAACAAAGCUGGAAUGGAUGGGGAAUACUGCAAAAGUUAUAACAGGUCCAGUGCCAGCCAUCAGGUUUAAUAAAGAGAGUGGUCGAAAAACAUGGUUUAAUAGUCUUUCGGCUAGUUACAGUGGCCCUGCAAGUGAUAAAGUUUCUAAUGAGGGGUUUUUAUCAAGACCAAUGCUAUAUCGAUCAUCGAUCAUCACAAUAGUUUCCUAUAAAGUUGUGUUGUCUCAAGUCACGAAUCCGAAACUAACACCAAAAGAACAAUUGCAUGCGUUUGAAGAAGCGAUCAGAGUGGAAAAACCGUGGUUAGAAUCUCUUCUACGGGAAAGGGGUGUUAUUCUGUUUCGAGGCUUCCCAGUUAUCACUCCUUGUGAUUUCAACGACGUCGUGGAAGCUUUUGACUACCCUGAAGUACCCUACAUGGGCGGUAUAGCCCCGAGAACCAAAGUGGUUGGUAGAGUUUACACUGCAAAUGAAAGCCCUCCCGAUAAGAAAAUCGCUUUCCAUCAUGAGAUGUCUUAUAUCCCAAACUUUCCUUCCAAGAUAUUUUUCUAUUGUGAUGAAGCACCGGAACAAGGGGGAGAAACCCCAAUAGUUUUAAGCCAUAUCAUAUACGAUAAGAUGAAGGAGAAGCACCCAGAGUUCGUUGCAAAGCUAGAGGAGCAUGGAUUGACUUAUAGUGUAUUUAUAAAAAAUGAUAAGGACCAACCAUCAAUGAUCGAUGGCAGAGGUUGGAAGUCGGUAUACAAUACUGAUGACAAAAAAGUCGCGGAAGAAAGGGCGGCAAAGCUGGGAACAAAGCUAGAAUGGAUGGAGAACAGCGUGAAGAGUAUAACAGGCCCAUUGCCGGCUAUCAGAUUGGACAAGGACAGCCAACGCAAAACGUGGUUCAAUAAUCUGACUCGUCCGAUGAAUUCUGAGCAAGUUACACUCGUCGAGCUUGGCAAUGGCGACCCCGUGCCUAGUGAUGCACUGGAAGAUUGUUCGAGAAUCUUGGAAGAAGAAUGUGUUUCUAUACCUUGGAAGAAAGGUGAUGUUAUGCUUGUUAAUAAUCUGACUGUCCUUCACAGCAGACGACCACUUUCAAAACCGCCUCGACGCGUACUUGUAUCCAUUUGCAAGUGAAAAUUUGCACUUUUAAAUUGAUAUGUUACAAGUUUUCUGGUUGCAA